CUUAUUUUCGCAGGAGGCUUUGGAAGAUGUCUUCCAGUACAUUGGCUGUAGCUUUGAAAAACUUGGGUUCCUCCCACAUGACAAAGAAGAAGUCUGGAUUGGUUGCGGGGUCUAGGUCUUCUGCCCGUGAGAUGGGGUCUGAGUCUAGUAUACCGAGGGUGAAUCCGGGGACAGUUGCAAUCAUUGAUGUGGAGAUGGGCGGCCCGGAGCCGGCCAAGAAAGUUGACAAGAAGAGAAAGAAGCCGGAAAAGAAGCAUGUGUCCAAGGGUUCCACUUCUGGUUGUGGGAAAUCAAUCAUGGAGGAGUUGGACUUGGAUGAUGAGGAGGAUGGUCUCCGGGUUGGGGAUCAUUCUAUGAAAGAGGUGGUGAAGAUCAUGUCUGAGAUGCCUUCGGAUUCGGACUGGACUGAGAUGGGGGAAUCCGGAACGGUGGGAAUGUACAGGAAAGCUGCUGCGGUUUGGGGUCAGAUGGGCAUUGCAAUCGCUGGGAUGGUUGCCUUGAGCUCAAACCAACUGAGGGAGGAGAAGGCGGCUUCGGACGACAAGGAUGUCCGGAUCACAACUUUGGACACGGAUCUGAAAUUGGCCAAGUCCUCAGUUGACGAUUUGGGCGAGAAGUUGAAGGCAGCUGAGACUCGGGUUUCCGAGUUUGAGACCGAGAUCGAGAGUCUGAAGCGGCAGCUCGCUGAGAGGAAGGAGCCUGCCGUGGUGAUUUCUGAGUUCAAGGAGUCUAAGGAGUAUGACUGUGCCUUGGCCGAUGCUGGGGCGGCCGAGAUCUUACGUUGUUGGACUGUUGCUGAGAGGCAUAUCAAGUCUGACCCGGAGGCAAGCUUUGAUAGCUUUUGUGGCUUGUAUGUUCAGGCUAAGGGCGACCUCGAAAAGGGUCUUGGGGAGCCGGAAGCAUAUGAUGGGCCUACUCCUAGCUUUCUUCCCAAGGAGUUGGACCGAGAUGUCGGUCUGGAUCAUUUUGUCGUUCAGGAUUAGACCGCCAGAUAGUUCUAUCUUUUGCUUUGUCUGGGUUAAGCGCAUUCUCUCUUUUGUAAACCUGAACUUGUUUUCUUUGUAGUCUUGAACUUGUCUGUCUUGGCCUGAACUUGUUACUUGGGCGUAAUCCUGAUGACCUUUUGCUUCAUUA